AUGCCUGCGUCAAUUACAGGACCAGAGUAUCCCAGAGUCAAAAAAUGCGUUGUCAAUCCCAAGUCACUUGACGGCUCAGAACUCUACGGCGGGUUUAGCUCCACUACACGCGAGUGGACCGAUGGAGUAUUUUCAGCAUUGCUUCGAACAUGCUGCAACGAAGUGCAGCUACAAAGCAGAUGCAGUAGAUGGGUUGUACUUGAUGGACCAGUUGACACGACGUGGGUAGAAAGCAUGAAUUCACUUCUUGAUGACAGCAAAACAUUGACGCUGACGAACGGAGAUAGAAUUGAGCUGCAUCCCCAGGUGUCGUUGCUUUUCGAAGUUGAAAACUUGUCGGCUGCGUCUCCAUCGACCGUUAGUCGGGUAGGCAUACUCUUUAUGGAUCCUGCAAUGCUAGGCUGGGCCCCGUAUGUGGACGCAUGGAUAGCCAAACAAUACGGCGUAGACGAGUCAGCUCAAUAUUUGCGAUCUCUCUUCGACAAGUAUCUCCCAAAAGUGCAGCAGGCAGUCCACGAAGGUGAACAAGUCGUGAAAUUAUCGAAAGUUGGGGCUGUUUUAUCACUCUGCCGACUGUUCGAAAUAGUUGCUUGCCAACCAACUGUGAAUGUCAAGAGUCACGGAUCACAGCCCCUUUUGGAGAAAAUCUUCCUUUUUGCACUUGUCUGGACUGUGGGAGCAGCUAUGACAUCAAGCAGCAGGUCGCACAUUGAUUCAACAAUUCGUCAGAUUAGCAACAGCUUUCCGCCAUCGCAUACCGUGUAUGACUACGCCCUGAGUGUUGAAAAGGGAGAGUGGACGCUAUGGGAGGACCGAGUGCCUUCGCCGUACAGGCCGCUAGAUGGCAUGCCAUUUCACCGGAUAUUCGUUCCAACGGCUGAUAUUGUUUGUCACGCUUUCCUCCUAGGUGGUCUUAUGCGACACAAAGCUCACUCUCUUGUAGUUGGGAGCCGUGGUUGCGGCAAAACUUCUUGUAUUUUAAAAGCCGUUCUAAACGACCUACCUGACAGCGUCUACACAACAACAACGCUAACCUUUUCAUCACAGACCUCUUCAAAGGAAGCACAGGAGGGCUUCGAAAACAAACUAGAAAAACGGGUGAAGGGAAAAUGGGGACCACCUGGGAAGAAAAUACUGGUUUGUUUCAUCGACGACCUGGACAUGCCAAGACCAGAUCAAUUUGGUUCCCAACCCCCCCUUGAGCUUCUAAGACACUUUAUCGACUACGGCAGCUGGUAUGACCGGAGCCGGCAGUCAUUGAAGGUCGUUCUUGACAUGCAAGUCAUAGCAGCCAUGAGAUCCUCUGAAGGCGGUCGCUCUACAAUAGCUCCCCGGUUGCUAUCGCGCUUCAAUACUAUUGCAUUUUUAGAGCCCUCAUUGCCGCGCCUCAGCCGUAUCUACCAAACGUUGGUUUUACACAAGUUUUCUGAUUUCAAAGAAGACGUGAGGAGCGCUGCAGAGAAUAUCGCCGCCGCAACUGUGGCACUGCACCAAGCAGUCCGCCAAAGCUUUAGACCGAAACCUGAGAAACCGCACUACCUUUUCAGCAUGCGGGACACGUCAAAAGUCGUUCACGGCCUCUACCAGGCUGACCAUCGAUGCAUUGAGGAUAGAGAUGCUCUCCUUAAGCUAUGGUAUCAUGAGUGUCAGCGUGUCUACCAAGACCGCUUAGCAUCUGUUGAAGAUGUAGACCAUUUUAUAGAAGUCCUGGACAAUGUUCUUGAGAAGACGUUCCAAAUACGUACAAAGGAUUUGACAAAGGAUAGAGGCGUCCUAUUUAGUCACCUGCGUGCAGAGCAGUCUGGGGCCUUAGCAUUAGGUGGGUACGAGGAAGUGCAGGAUCGCCAGGCGUUGAGAGCCAGCCUUCAACUAAAGCUGAAGGAGAUCAACGCAAUAAGCAAGACCGGGACACUCCACUUGGUUCUCUUUAGGGAGGCAGUUGAGCACUGCUGCAGAAUUCACAGGGUGCUUUGUAUGCCCAGAGGCCACAUGCUGCUGGUUGGGGUUGGAGGCAGUGGAAGGCAAUCGCUAGCCAUGCUUGCUACAAAGCUCCUGGACUUUAGCCUGUGGCAGGUCCGAGUGGCGAAAAACUUUACCAUUUGUGAAUUCAAAGAAGAUUUAAAGCAGCAAAUAUUAAAAGCAGGUAUAGACGGCAGCCGGACUAGUAUACUGUUGACUGACAAAGAGCUCAAGACUGACGCAUUUUCAGACUGCCUGAACAGCCUUCUAGCUGCUGGGCAUGUUCCAGGAAUGCUGGAUUCCGAAAGCGUCGGGAUGCUGCUAAAAGACCUCCAUGCUGCAGCUGAAGCUGCAAAAGUUUCAGUACAGCCUGAUGCGAUUGUCGAAUUUUUCUUGUCACGCGUCAAGGAAAAUAUUCGCGUACUGCUUUGUGUUAGCCCAAUUGGGAGCAAGCUAAGGGACUACUGCCGGAUGUUUCCGGCAUUCAUAAAUGAAACGACAAUCGACUGGUUCUUCACCUGGCCCCAAGAUGCAUUGGAGGAGGUGGCAGCAACCUUCCUGGAAAAUGCGGAUAUGGACGGCCCAACUCGUGAAGCGGUUGCAAAAGCGAGCAGCUGUGUUCACAUGGAUGCUAUCAGUGAAGCUGAAGCCUUUUGGAGAGAGGCAAAGCGCACCAGUUAUAUAACGCCUACGAAGUUUUUACGACUCGUUAGUGGCUAUCGAUGCAUGCUGAAGGAAAAACGAGAUGGAGUUCACGAAAAGAUGAACAAACUGUCAACCGGUUUAGGCAAGCUAGUAGAGGCCCGAUAUCAGGUAGAGGCAAUGAAUGAGGAGCUCGAGGCCAAAAAGGAAGAUGUCGCAAAAAAGCAGCGGGAGUGUGACGAACUGAUGGUGGUCAUUGUCGAGAAGCGCACGCUGGCGGAUGAACAAAUGAAGCAGGUUGAAGCAGACAGCGCCAGAAUUCAAACGGAAGAAGUGGAGACGAAGCUCCUUUCAGAGGAAGCUAGGCGAGACCUUGACAAAGCAAUGCCAGCGCUAGAAGCAGCAAUAGAUGCUCUUGAGAAACUUGACAAGAAAUCAGUUGCCGAAGUCAAGGCAUAUACAAAGCCACCAGCUGAAGAGAUGAUUUUGCGGCACAGCCUGCUUACCGACCGUACACUUCAGGUAAAGGAGCUCUGGAUGCGCAAACUGCAAGAUUUGAAUAUCCCCUGCAGCGCAGAUUUCGAUUUCACCGAUUUUCUUGUCACUGCUGUGGAAGUUCGUCAGUGGCAGUUGGAUGGGCUUCCGACGGAUCCUUUUUCCGCCGAAAAUGGUGCUUUAAUAACGAAGGCUUCAAAAUGGCCUCUUAUUAUUGACCCUCAAAGCCAAGCUAAUCGGUGGAUUAGAAAGUUAAAGUCUCCAGAUAUCACGGUUGUUGACCCUGAAUCGAAGUCACUAAUGCGGGUUCUUCACCUUUCGGUGCAAACCGGGCACUCCGUAUUGCUGGAGCGCCUGCAGACUCAAAUAGAUCCAUCACUCGAGCCCAUUAUUACCAAGAAUGUUGUUGAAGUUAACGGAAACCAUUUUGUUCGCAUUGGGGACCAGCUUGUGCCUUACAAUGAUAAGUUUUCUCUCUGGAUGACAACCAAAAUUGGAAAUCCUCAAUUUCCCCCAGAGAUCGAGGCAGAAGUCACAUUAAUCAACUUCGUCAUCAUGCAGGAUGGCUUGACUGAACAACUUCUGGGAAUUGUUGUAAUGAAAGAAGAGCCAAGCCUGGAAGCACACAAGCAUGCACUGGUUUUGAAACUUGCUGAAGGCCGGAAGCGUUUGCAAGACAUCGAGGAUCAAAUUCUCAAGCUUUUAACUGCGGCAAGAGGCUACCUUCUAGAUGAUAUGGAGCUUAUCCGAGUGCUGCAAGAUUCAAAACGCGUUGCAGGGGAUGUCACCUCACAAAUUGAAGUGUCAGAGCGCACCAUGAAGAAAAUCGAUCAAGCACGGGAAGCAUACCGGUAG